GCGGUGUGUUGUCAUCAGCAGAGCGACGGCCGGCGGUGGCGUGGGCGGCGUAGGGCCCGGCGGGGCGUUUGGUUUCGGUUUGGUGGAGUUAGUGUUGACAGUGGAGAUGGGAGUCCCCAAGUUUUACCGAUGGAUUUCGGAGCGGUACCCUUGCCUCAGCGAAGUGGUGAAAGAGCAUCAGAUUCCUGAAUUUGACAACCUGUACCUGGAUAUGAAUGGAAUUAUACAUCAGUGUUCCCAUCCUAAUGAUGAUGAUGUUCACUUCAGAAUUUCAGAUGAUAAAAUCUUUACUGAUAUUUUUCACUAUUUAGAAGUGUUGUUUCGCAUUAUUAAACCUAGAAAAGUGUUUUUUAUGGCUGUUGAUGGUGUGGCUCCUCGAGCAAAAAUGAACCAGCAGCGUGGAAGGCGAUUUAGGUCAGCAAAGGAGGCAGAAGACAAAAUAAAAAAGGCAAUAGAAAAAGGAGAAACUCUUCCUGCAGAGGCCAGAUUUGAUUCGAACUGUAUUACACCAGGGACUGAAUUCAUGGCCAGGUUACAUGAACAUCUGAAGUACUUUGUAAAUAUGAAAAUUUCUACGGAUAAGUCAUGGCAAGGAGUCACCAUCUAUUUCUCAGGCCAUGAGACUCCAGGAGAAGGAGAGCAUAAAAUCAUGGAAUUUAUCAGAUCUGAGAAAGCAAAGCCAGAUCAUGAUCCAAACACCAGACACUGUCUUUAUGGUUUAGAUGCUGAUUUGAUUAUGCUAGGAUUAACAAGUCAUGAAGCACAUUUCUCCCUUUUAAGAGAAGAGGUUCGGUUUGGUGGCAAGAAGACACAAAGGGUAUGUGCACCAGAAGAAACCACAUUUCACCUCUUACACUUGUCUUUAAUGAGGGAAUAUAUUGACUAUGAGUUUUCAGUGUUAAAAGACAAGAUCACAUUUAAAUAUGAUAUUGAAAGGAUAAUAGAUGAUUGGAUUUUAAUGGGAUUUCUUGUUGGCAAUGAUUUUAUCCCUCAUCUACCUCAUUUACAUAUUAAUCAUGAUGCACUGCCUCUUCUUUAUGGAACAUAUAUUAAUAUCCUGCCAGAACUUGGAGGUUAUAUUAAUGAAAGUGGGCAUCUCAACUUACCUCGAUUUGAGAAAUACCUUGUGAAAUUAUCAGAUUUUGAUCGGGAGCACUUCAGUGAAGUUUUUGUGGACCUAAAGUGGUUUGAAAGCAAAGUUGGUAACAAGUACCUCAAUGAAGCAGCGGGUGUUGCAGCAGAAGAAGCCAAGAACUACAAGGAAAAGAAAAAAUCAAAGGGCCAGGAAAACUCCGUAUGUUGGGCUGCUUUAGAUAAAAAUAGAGAAGAAGCAGUAACUUCUAAGGACAAUUUAGAAGAUGAGACAGAAGAUGAUGACCUCUUUGAAACUGAGUUUAGGCAAUAUAAAAGAACAUACUACAUGACGAAGAUGGGAGUUGACGUCGUGUCUGAUGACUUUCUGGCUGAUCAAGCUGCAUGUUAUAUUCAGGCAAUACAGUGGAUUUUGCACUAUUACUAUCACGGAGUUCAGUCCUGGAGCUGGUAUUACCCUUACCAUUAUGCACCUUUCCUAUCUGACAUCCGUAACAUCAGCACACUCAAAAUCCAUUUUGAACUAGGAAAGCCUUUUAAGCCAUUCGAACAGCUUCUUGCUGUACUUCCAGCAGCUAGCAAAAAUUUACUUCCUGCAUGUUACCAGCAUUUGAUGACCAGUGAGGACUCACCAAUUAUAGAAUAUUAUCCACCUGAUUUUAAAACUGAUCUAAAUGGGAAACAACAGGAAUGGGAAGCUGUGGUACUUAUACCUUUUAUCGAGGAGAAGCGAUUGUUGGAAGCCAUGGAGACAUGUAACCACGCCCUCACAGAAAAAGAGAGGAAAAGAAACCAACAUAGUGAGUGUUUAAUGUGCUGGUACGAUGCAAGCACAGAGUUCACCUAUCCCUCUCCAUGGCCAGAGAGGUUCCCUGCCAUAGAGCGGUGUUGCACAAGGUAUAAAAUAAUAUCAUUAGAUGCUUGGCAUGUAGACAUAAGCAAGAACAAAAUAACGAGGGUUGACCAGAAGGCAUUAUAUUUCUGUGGAUUUCCUACUCUGAAACACAUCAAACACAAAUUUUUUUUGAAGAAAAGUGCAGUUCAAGUAUUCCAGCAGAGCAGUCGUGGAGAAAACAUGAUGUUGGAAAUCUUAGUGAAUGCAGAAUCAGAUGAACUUAGUGUAGAAAAUGUAGCUUCAUCAGUGCUUGGAAAGUCGGUCUUUGUUAAUUGGCCUCAUCUUGAAGAAGCUAGAGUUGUUGGUGUAUCAGAUGGAGAAACCAAGUUUUACUUGGAAGAACCUUCAGGGACACAGAAGCUCUAUCUGGGAAGAGCUGCUCCACCAUCUAAAGUGGUUCAUCUUGGGGACAAAGAACAAUCUAACUGGACCAAAGAAGUACAAGGAAUUUCAGAACACUACCUGAGAAGAAAAGGAAUAAUAAUAAAUGAAACAUCUGCAGUUGUGUAUGCUCAAUUACUUACAGGUCGUAAAUAUCAAAUAAAUCAAAAUGGUGAAGUUCAUCUAGAGAAACAGUGGUCAAAACAAGUUCUUCCUUUUGUUUAUCAAGCUAUUGUUAAGGACAUCCGAGCUUUUGAUUCCCGUUUCUCCAAUAUCAAAACAUUGGAUGACUUGUUUCCCCCAAGAAGUAUGGUCUUUAUGCUGGGAACCCCCUAUUAUGGCUGUGCUGGAGAAGUUCAGGAUUCAGGGGACGUGAUUACAGAAGGUAGGAUCCGUGUGGUUUUCAGCAUUCCAUGUGAACCCAGUCUUGAUGCUUUAAUACAGAACCAGCAUAAAUAUUCUAUAAAGUACAACCCAGGAUAUGUGUUGGCCAGUCGCCUUGGAGUGAGUGGAUACCUUGUUUCAAGGUUUACAGGAAGUAUUUUUAUUGGAAGAGGAUCUAGGAGAAACCCUCAUGGAGACCAUAAAGCAAAUGUGGGUUUGAAUCUCAAGUUCAACAAAAAAAAUGAAGAGGUACCUGGAUAUACAAAGAAAGUUGGAAAUGAAUGGAUGUAUUCAUCUGCCGCAGAACAGCUUCUUGCAGAGUACAUAGAGAGAGCUCCAGAACUAUUCAGUUAUAUAGCAAAAAAUAGCCAAGAGGAUGUGUUCUAUGAAGAUGAUAUUUGGCCUGGAGAAAAUGAGAAUGGUGCUGAGAAAAUUCAAGAAAUUAUUACUUGGCUAAAGGGGCAUCCUGUCAGUACUUUGUCUCGUUCUUCGUGUGAUUUACAAAUUCUGGAUGCAGCUAUUGUUGAGAAAAUUGAGGAAGAAGUCGAAAAGCACAAGCAAAGAAAGAAUAAUAAGAAAGUACGCGUGACGGUAAAGCCUCAUUUGCUGUACAGACCUUUAGAACAGCAACACGGAGUCAUUCCUGACCGGAAUGCAGAAUUUCGCCUCUUUGACCGCGUUGUGAAUGUGAGAGAGAACUUCUCAGUGCCAGUGGGCCUUCGGGGAACCAUCAUAGGAAUUAAAGGGGCUAAUAGAGAAGCUGAUGUACUAUUUGAAGUAUUAUUUGAUGAAGAAUUUCCUGGAGGCUUAACAAUAAGGUGCUCACCUGGUAGGGGUUAUCGACUGCCAACAAGUGCCUUGGUGAACCUUUCUCAUGGGAGUCGCUCUGAAAGUGGAAAUCAGAAGUUGACAGCCAUUGUGAAACCACAGCCAGCUGUGAAUCACUACAGCUCAAAUCUGUCAGUGUCGUCUGGGCAUUUGGGAGUCCUGAACCAUUCCCCUCAAUCAAUUUUUGUUCCCUCACAAGUAACUACUAAAGAUGAUGAUGAAUUUUGCAACAUUUGGCAGUCCUUACAGGGAUCUGGAAAGGUUCAGCACUUUCAGCCAGCUUUGCAAGAGAAGGGUGCAAUUUUACCUCAAGAAGUAAGUCAAGUAACUCAACAUCAUAAAUCCGGCCUAAAUGACAACAGUGUUAAUAAAUAUCAGCAAAGAAAACAUGAGCCUCACAGAAAAUUUAAAGAAGAGAGUAAGAGCCCCAAAACUGAGAGUCGGUCUCAAAAAAUGUCAAGUAACCAGACAUUUGGACGGCCUGACAAAUGUAAUACUAAGCUACUAAAGAGAAAUGAAACUCCAGAAGUCUCAGAAAAUCAAAAGGUUGGGACUGGUUAUCCACAUGCUGUUGAUAAGCCUAACACUGGAUUUGAGAACUUUUUAGCAUCCUUGAAUAUCUCCAAAGAAAAUGAAGUACAGUCAUCUCAUCAUGAAGAGCUUCCAAGUGAAGAACAUUUGUCACCACAGUCAUUUGCUAUGAAGGGAACGCGGAUGCUUAAAGAAAUUCUAAAAAUUGAUGGCUCUGAUCCUCUGGACCAUAAGAACAAAAUGAAGCAGUUUGGUAAUGAAGUCACUGUUUCUUCUAAUAGAAGAGAUGAAUAUGUACCUUCCUCACAACCUAAACAAAAUAAGAAAUUAACAUCUUAUGUAAACAAGCCUCACAGUGCUAGUGAGUACCACCAUGUUCGGUCUGUAGACAAUGUGUGUUGGCCUGCUUCUAGCCAGAUUCCUCCUAUGUCCACACCUGUAACUGAACUUUCUAGAAUUUGUUCCCUUGUUGGAAUGCCACAACCAGAUUUCUCCUUUCUUAGAACACCACAGACAAUGACAGUUUGCCAGGUAAAGUUAUCUAAUGGCUUACUGGUACAUGGGCCACAGUGCCAUUCUGAAAAUGAAGCCAAGGAAAAAGCUGCACUUUUUGCUUUACAACAGUUGGGCUCUUUAGGAGUGAGUUUCCCUUUGCCUCCACCAAUAUUUGCAAAUUAUGCUCCUGCUGUACCACCUGGAACCAUUCCUCCAGUUUUCCCCCAACCUACUGCUAAUAUAAUGCCUUCAUCAUCUCAUCUCUUUGGCUCCAUGCCGUGGGGACCAUCAGUGCCGGUUUCUGGAAAGCCCUUUCAUCACACUCCACAUGCCCGGCCGGGGCCCAUGGCUGGGGCCGUAGUGGGUGGUGUGCACAGUCAGUUCAUACCUCUGCAGGUUACAAAAAAAAGGGUUGCAAACAAAAAGAACUUUGAGAAUAAGGAGGCCCACAGUCCUGAAGCCACCCCACUUCAGACUAGCCAGCCAGGGUCUUCCAGUGUCACCAAGGUGAUUCCACAGGAGAGUUCAUCAGCUUCUUUCAAGUCCUCUCAGAUGACUCAGCCUGCUCCUUCCUUUCAAGUGGAAGCUGCCUCUCAAAGUCGUGGUGUGUGUCACCAUAAGUCAGCACCAAGCUCUUCUUCAAGAAGAAAAUCAAGAAAACUGGCUGUCAAUUUUGGCAUUUCUAAACCUUCUGAAUGAAUUUGGUACUUGGAAUUAAAUUAAUUUCUUUCCCUUCCACCCACCUUUUUAUAAAUCCAUAUCUGUGUCUCAUAAAAAAUUAGAACGUGCUAUUAUUUUAAAAUAAUGUUUCAAUUGAAAAUUUUUAAGUUGUCAGGCACUUUUCAUGAUGUUUAAAAGACUAUCAAAUUGUGCAUCUUAAAUACGUGUGUUUUGCUUUACAUUAAUUAUACCUCAAUAAAGCUAUUUUUAAAAAGACUAAAUUAAAUCUUGUAUUAAAAUAAUACUAGUGGAUUAAGCAUUAAGGUGUACCACUCUAUUGGCCUCAUCAUUUGAAGCAUUCUGAAGUAUGAAUUAGACAUCAUAUUGCAAUAAUAAUAAACAUUUUUACACUAUCAUUGAGGGAUAAUUAAAUGGAGCAUGGAAAUUGGGCCUCAAGUAUAAUUUACUGAAUUUGGAUUUGAUUUUUCUUUUUAAUGAUGUAACAGAAUUGUCAGGAGAAUGUCUGUAAGAAGUAUUUUCAUUUAUGUCCUGUCGUCUCUAAGGGUCCUUUAGACCUGCUUUGAAGUAAUCACAUUUGUGCUCGUGCCACUAGUUUUGCUUGGUUCUAAAUUUUGUACCAAAGCAGUUUAAGAAUACUGAUCAGAGUAUUUCAUUUAAUUACUUAGAACUAUAAUAGCAAUCUAGAUUUAAGCAACUAAUUACAAUUAUUUUUAGACUAUUCAAGGACUAGCAUUGGUAAUUUCUAAUAAAAUUAAGUUUCAAAAUUUACAGGGUACAGUGAUUACAAAUUAAUAUUCUAAUAGAAUAAAGUAGAAAAUACUAAUCAUGUUAAUUAAAAUAAAUUGCAUUAUUAUUUUGUAGAGCUGACAAACAUCUGUAAGAGCUCUCCAUCGUUGGUCCAUGUGUAGUGAGUGCUUCCUGGGGCUGAUGAAAUACAAAUUUUUUUUAAAAAUCCAGGGUGUGCUAUAUCUUAUAAGCACAAUCACUUUGUGAUGUACGUUAUUUACAUGACAAAUGCCUCUCAUUCUAUUUCCAUAUUUUUAGCUUUAUACUGGACUGUUCGGUGACUCUGGCAUUUUGUCUUUGCAUGUCAUGUGUGGGUGUGUAUUUUUCAAGCUGUGGCUCUUGAAAUUAUUUUAGAAUCUUUGAAAAUUUAUCAGUGGUACCAGGACCUGAAUUUGUGUGUGUGUGUGUGUGUGUGUGUGUGUGUAUGUGUGUGUAUAUAUACAUAUAUAUACAUAUAUAUACAUAUAUAUCCUUCAGCUUUUGUGAUGUGCUUAUAUUUUUAAGGAAAUAAGUUAUACUUUUUAAAAAGUUGGAUAUCACAAUUUUUAUAUGGAGCUGGUCCUUAUAUCUGAUUACAUUUAGCUCAUUGGGAACUCUGCCAGGAGUCUUAGACUAGUGUGUUUAAAAAUGCUGGUGUCGAAAUAAUUGGAUGCCUUUAACUGAUGAUUUCAGAGUUUCUUUAGAUGUUAAUAGGAUGUCUGUAUAUUAGCAGUGCCUUUAGUGUGAGAGAGAAAUGUUCAUUAUCUGUCAUUUGUUGUAGUCAUGCAAGUUCUGUGACAUUUCCUGUUUCCUGUAUUCACGUGUUCAUCAGUUUCCAGCAGUUCCUUGUUGCGAAUGUUUCUUUAUCUCUAGUGGGAUCUUGAGUAAUAAGGCUCAGGUAAUUCUCAGUGUUCAUCCUUAUUGCCUCACAAACUCUAUUUGUUUUAAAAGGAAAAAUCUAUUAUGAGAAUAUAACACAAAAAGUUAAAUUGUGACAGUAAUGUUCUGCAUAAUGUAUGUAAGAUUUUUACCUUUAUGUAACUGUACAAACUCCCAACAGUCAAGAAUUGCCUCACUCAUCACUUCUGUGGGACCACUUUAUGAACUGUGUGCAGCCCACAUUUUUUCUUAGAUCACAGAGGAAGGGACACACGCACCUGAAAACUCCAAGAAAAAGUUCAGUAAGCACAGAGCCACUUCACCCACAGGGUUAGUUCCCCAUAUUUGAACAGAGCAAGCUAUACUAUGUGGAUAGACAGUAAAAGUGUUUUCUUUUUGUUCCUCCUUUUCUUUUUUAAAAAAACAUAUUAUUUUAAAGGUCGAGAUUCAAGAGAGAUUAAAAUAGAAGAGAGCUCUGUCACAGCUAGGUAGUGGUCAGGCAUUUGUCUGUAUUCUUUGCCCCUUGCAGACUUAUCCUAAAUGUGGGCCUGAAAUCCACAGGAGAUGUGCCCUCCCUGUGGGACAGAGGCUGUUUUUCCCUCAUGAUGAUCUCGAGGAGACUGGAUCCAUUGACACUUUGGGAAAAACUUACAACUUUUCUUUUUUGGAUGGGACAGAUUCAUCCACCCCAAAGUUUAAAUAUAUGUCUGUUCAACUGUUGAACCUGCUGUGGAUUUUCUGUGAGACUGGUGGGCGAUGUGUAGGGCACAGAAGAGCGGAGUCCCCAGGUUACAUCAUGUUUCCACGUAACUAGAGUAGCUCAGUUUAAAUGUCCUUGUUCAGUAACUUUUUUCUUUUUUAGCUCUGAGUUUUGAAGAUCUAUCCUUUCAGUUUCAUUGUUUCUUUUCACGUUUCCUAUAUUAUCUGCUUAUUGUCAGUUUUAUAAUGACAGGUAGAAUAUGUUAAUUGAUUUAAACGUCAUGUAGACCAAAGUCUUGUAGACUCAAUGUCAUGUAGACCAAACAUCUGAGACUCAUUUGCAUGAAAAAUUAAUUUUACCUCUGUGUGUUCCUUGGUUUCAAUUUAAGACUUUUUUUUUUUUUUAGAACUAAAAAGAUAAAGAGAUCUUUUUUUCCACUAUUGGGGAAGGGAUGAAAAAGUCAAUGCAGGUUUUUUGUUAUUUCCUUUCCUCUGAUCAGGUAUUUGCUUUGGUUUUCCAAACUUAUCUAGAUUCUUGUUUUUAAGAGGAGGAAGUAGAGAGAAGGCAGCUGGAAGAGGGAAACCAAUUAAAUAAGACAUAUCCAGUCACUGCAUUUUCAGGUUAUAACAUAUCUUUGUAGCUCAAGGUAAUAGAUAAACCUCAGGGUCUGUUCCAUUCACUCAUUUUUAAAUCAUCUAUUUGUAUCGGUAAACCUUGCUUUUCCUUAGUGAUUGUCUAAUUUUCACCUAAAGAGAGAACUGUCCAGCUCUCCUCUGUAUUCUACCAUGCUUCAUGUCAGUGUUCAGAGCAAUUUUUAAAACAACUGUAUACAUUAGCAUCCCAGCAUUUUGAGCUCACUGUAUUUAUUAGUACCAUCUUGCUUUCAAAUUGUGUUUUUACUGUAGAGGAGAAUUAAUUUAUUUGAGGGAAAUGACACUGGUAGGCAUUCUCUACCUUUAAAAAUAAAAGAAUCACCAAAAUUCCCUUAUCAUUUUUCUAGAGAUAGUGACAGUACUCAAGACUGGCAGUGUUCAUGUGUGUCUGGUAAGCUUUGUCAGUGAAACCAUCUUUUUGGCGGGAGCUUUCUUCCUUAGUCGGGAUAAAGCUUAAAAUUGUAGAAGGGAGCAUCGUGAAGUCUGAGAUCUGGUUCACAUUUCUCUCCAGCCCCCCACAGUGUUGAAACAGCCAGCCGACAGGCCCAGGCCGGCAGGCGGGUGGAAGUGUCACUGUUGCAUGCGGAGUUAACAGCUUGGACAUCACAGUCCUUGUAGAGAAAGAGAAAACAUGUAUAAAAUAGUUUUAGUGGUUAAGAAUAUCAGCAAUCCAGAACUAAUUUUGUGUGUGUUUGUGUGUUGUGUCAGUGAACCAGCAGCAACGGCUUGCUUGCUCAGUCAGUGCACUCAGCCAUCUCAAGUGCAAUUUGUGAUGGAGACUUUGGUUUCCAAUAGAUAAAGUUUUAUAUAAACUUGUAAAAAUUAAUUUUUUCAACAGUACACCCAUGACUUGAUUAUUUCAGCAAUUGGUAUACUGUUAAUUUGUCCUUGCCGGAUAAGUUUCUGUAGAUGUUUUAGUAAUUUGAAGCCAAUUUCUUGUACCAUUUCUAAUGAAUAAUAGGCAUAAGGAUUUGGUUCACAGUAUAUGAGUGUGCUGUAUCAUCAAAGUGUUCAAUAUUUUGUUCAUUUAAACAAUAUAAAUAAGUAUAAUUCAUAAAAUGUAUCUUAAUUACUUUCUUUUCUCACAUAACUAUUUUAUAAGUAACUAGAAUUUUUCAUUAGAUCUUAUACAGAGCAGUAUUUUAUUAAAAAUUCAAAAGGGAAGAUUUUGUGCUCAUUUUGUAGCUUUUUUUUAAAUAUCUUUACAUUAUCUGUAAUUAAAGUGUUUUAAACUUUCAUUGGAAUGGACUUUGAAUUCAUUUUUGUGUUGUUACGUUGUUCAUUUGUAGAUUUAUAGCAUGAAGUUAGCCUCAAAAUGUCGUGUCAAGGAUUUUAAAAUAUAAGAAUCACUGAAAGAGUUUAAAUGUUAUACAUGUUAAAUGCUAUAUGAAUUUUAAUUAAACACUUGAGAAUGAUUU